AUGAACCAGCUGGGGACACCGCCUGGCCUGAUGAACCAGCUGGGGACACCGCCUGGCCUGAUGAACCAGCUGGGGACACCGCCUGGCCUGAUGAACCAGCUGGGGACACCACCUGGCCUGAUGAACCAGCUGGGGACACCACCACCUGUCCUCAUGAACCAGCUGGGGACACCACCUGGCCUGAUGAACCAGCUGGGGACACCACCUGGCCUCAUGAACCAGCUGGGGACACCGCCUGGCCUGAUGAACCAGCUGGGGACACCACCUGGCCUCAUGAACCAGCUGGGGACACCACCACCUGUUCUCAUGAACCAGCUGGGGACAUCACCUGGCCUGAUGAACCAGCUGGGGACACCACCUGACCUGAUGAACCAGCUGGGGACACCGCCUGGCCUGAUGAACCAGCUGGGGACACCACCUGGCCUGAUGAACCAGCUGGGGACACCACCUGGCCUGAUGAACCAGCUGGGGACACCACCACCUGUCCUCAUGAACCAGCUGGGGACACCACCUGGCCUGAUGAACCAGCUGGGGACACCACCUGGCCUCAUGAACCAGCUGGGGACACCGCCUGGCCUGAUGAACCAGCUGGGGACACCACCUGGCCUCAUGAACCAGCUGGGGACACCACCACCUGUUCUCAUGAACCAGCUGGGGACAUCACCUGGCCUGAUGAACCAGCUGGGGACAUCACCUGGCCUGAUGAACCAGCUGGGGACACCACCUGACCUGAUGAACCAGCUGGGGACACCACCUGGCCUGAUGAACCAGCUGGGGACACCACCUGGCCUGAUGAACCAGCUGGGGACACCACCUGGCCUGAUGAACCAAUUGGAACACCACCACCUGUCCUCAUGA